CGAGUGAUAGAUAGAUAGAGAGAGAGAGGGAGAGGGAGAGAAAGAGACAGAUAGCUCCAGCCAGUCAGUAGCCAAAGAAACAGAUUUCGACUCAAACUAGCAGUAAUAUUCCUUGUUUGGAUUUUUCUACUUUCAUUUCUGACAGCUAAUACCAUGACAGUGCCAUUUUUUCAGUUGUGUUCUCUAAUUUAAUUUCGUAAAGCGGUAAACACUGUGAAAGUUAAAACUUCACUCCUAAGCGAAAUGACAAACCCGGAAGUCGAAUCAGAACACCUAACUGCUAUAAAGCACAAGGACGCUCUAUUUAAAAGUAAAUCUACAACAGGUGCUUGUUUUCCUCCUUCAGGGGAAGAAGAUUUGGGGAAAUAUUUUGCUAAAUAUGAUAUGACACAUAAAAAGCCAGGUGUCGCCUACAUCUUCAACAAUGAAAACUUCCAAGACCCGUUACUAAACACUCGUUAUGGCUCAUCAAAAGACGUACACGAUUUUGAAAGAGCAUUAAUAAAACUUGGAUUCCAUGAAGAUGAUAUCAAUGUUUAUACAGAUUCAACAGCCGAAGAAAUGUUCGACGUUUUCCAGAUGUUUAACGAAGAAAAUCUUGAUAUUGAUUGCUUUAUUUGUGUGAUUCUGAGUCAUGGUAGUUCAGACGAUAUUAUCUAUGGAUACGACGGUGUUAUUGAACUAGACAGAUUACUUUCUUGCCUGAGACCCGACCGUUGUCCAUCUUUAACCGGAAUACCUAAAUUAAUCUUUAUUGAAGCCAGUAGAGGAAAUAAGCUUGAUUAUGGAGUUCUAAAAUCGGAUGCUGCUGUCAUAGAACCUGAUAAAAAUUCAUCCCGAAUUCCAAUCAUGGCUGAUAUGUUGAUUGUUUAUUCGUCGUUUGCUGGAUAUCAGUCUUUCAGGGAUAGACAGAAUGGUUCGUGGUUUAUGCGAGGUCUAAGUAAAAUUUUGAUAGAAUUUGGCACCAAAUACGAAAUCAUGAAACUUUUAACUGCUGUGUCUAAUUACGUUGCCUCUUUAGAAGCCCCAAGUUGGUAUAAUUCGGAAUUCAUUGGCUGUAAGCAAAUGCCUUGCAUUGGAUCAUCGUUGACUAAACAACUAAAGUUUGUACGAAAGAACAAAUCAGAUUGAAUGUACAUUUUUACUCUUUUA